AACCCAUUUCUCGGCCAUUCUGUCGGAGUCUAUCUCGGAUAUUACACGCUGUCUGUAAUCCGUGGUGAGUGUCAGAAGAAAUAGUUAUACAAGUGCAGUGCCAACAAGUGAUUGGAAUUCCCCUAAUUUUAUAAUAAUUUGUAAUAACCAAAAAUGGGUAAGGAAAAGAUUCACAUUAACAUUGUCGUCAUUGGACACGUCGACUCUGGCAAGUCCACCACCACCGGCCACUUGAUCUACAAAUGCGGUGGUAUCGACAAACGUACCAUCGAGAAGUUCGAGAAGGAGGCCCAGGAAAUGGGUAAGGGUUCCUUCAAGUACGCCUGGGUACUCGACAAGCUCAAGGCCGAGCGUGAGCGUGGUAUCACCAUCGACAUCGCCCUGUGGAAGUUCGAAACCAGCAAAUACUAUGUCACCAUCAUCGACGCCCCUGGCCACAGAGAUUUCAUCAAGAACAUGAUCACUGGAACCUCACAGGCUGACUGCGCCGUGCUCAUCGUCGCCGCCGGUACUGGUGAGUUCGAGGCUGGUAUCUCCAAGAACGGACAGACCCGUGAGCACGCCCUUCUCGCCUUCACCCUCGGUGUCAAGCAGCUGAUUGUGGGCGUCAACAAAAUGGACUCCACUGAACCCCCAUACAGCGAAUCCCGUUUCGAGGAAAUCAAGAAGGAAGUCUCUUCUUACAUCAAGAAGAUCGGUUACAACCCAGCUGCCGUCGCUUUCGUACCCAUUUCUGGUUGGCAUGGAGACAACAUGCUGGAGGCCUCUACCAAAAUGCCUUGGUUCAAGGGAUGGCAAGUUGAGCGUAAGGAGGGUAAAGCUGAGGGCAAGUGCCUGAUCGAGGCGCUGGACGCCAUCCUGCCCCCUGCGCGCCCCACAGACAAGGCCCUUCGUCUGCCCCUGCAGGACGUCUACAAAAUCGGCGGUAUUGGAACGGUGCCCGUAGGCCGUGUGGAGACCGGUAUCCUCAAGCCCGGUACCAUCGUCGUGUUCGCGCCCGCCAACAUCACCACUGAAGUCAAGUCUGUGGAGAUGCACCACGAGGCUCUCCAGGAGGCCGUGCCCGGUGACAACGUUGGUUUCAACGUCAAGAACGUGUCCGUCAAGGAGUUGCGUCGUGGCUACGUCGCUGGUGACUCCAAGAACAACCCCCCCAAGGGCGCUGCCGACUUCACCGCACAGGUCAUCGUCCUCAACCACCCUGGUCAAAUCUCAAACGGUUACACGCCUGUGCUCGAUUGCCACACAGCCCACAUUGCCUGCAAAUUCGCCGAAAUCAAAGAGAAGGUUGACCGUCGUACUGGUAAAUCCACUGAAGACAACCCCAAAUCCAUCAAGUCCGGAGAUGCCGCUAUUGUCAACCUCGUACCCUCCAAGCCUCUGUGCGUGGAGUCCUUCCAGGAGUUCCCGCCUCUGGGUAGGUUCGCCGUGCGUGAUAUGAGGCAAACCGUCGCUGUCGGUGUCAUCAAGUCCGUCAACUUCAAGGAGGGUGCCGGUGGCAAGGUCACCAAAGCCGCCGAGAAGGCUUCCAAGGGCAAGAAGUAGCUAGCGCUGAUUACAGCACAAUUCUUCAUUAAGCUGCGAUACUUCAUUCACCGAAAGGUGUUCAGAAGGAAAGAAGGGCUACAAACUCAUUCCUUUUCUAUAUUUUUUACAAGGCUUAUACUGUAACAUUAUUUUAUAAUUUAUAUAAGGUUAUACAUAUAUCUGAAAUAUUUUGUUAUGACUGCAACUAAAGUGUAAAUUCAUAGAAUAAAGGUAGCCUCCAGUAAUUUA